GGAAACGCAUCGGAGUGAGCCCUCGGCUGGUGUGUCAGCCCUAGACGCUCUUGACUGAUGAGAGUCGCGCCGUCAGCGGAGCAGAACCGGAGCAGCGCAGCGGCAGGAUGGGGAAGAAACAGAAGAAAUCCGGGGAGGACAGUACGAAAGGUGACGACGUGGACCUUGACGCUCUGGCAGCAGAGAUCGAAGGAGCCGGAGCCUCGAAGGAGCCGAGAGGGAAGAAGAGCAAGAAGAAGGGAGCGAAGAAGGAGGAGUUCAAUGAGGAUGACAUCCUGAAGGAGCUGGAGGAGUUGUCUCUGGAGACUCAGAAAUCAGACGCCACGGAGGAGGCCGAGAGCAUCGAGCCUCCCAAACCAGAGAAGAAGAAGACCAGGAAGGGGAAGAAGGGAGGGGCGGGGCCUGAGGAGGAGGAGGAGGUGGAGGAGGGGGGGGGUGAUGAAGGUGAAGGACAGGAGGAUGAAGAGAAGAAUGGAGAACAGAGGGAGAAGAAGACCACGCCUCCCUCCGACUCGGACGACGACAGCAGCUCUCGCUCUCGCCUCAAAUCCAAGGGAGGAAAGAGAGGAGGCAAGAAACCGUCAGUGUCUGACGAUGAGGAGGACGAAGGCCUGAAGGGAGGAGGAGGAGGGAAGGAGGACGAGUCGGAGGAUGACGAGGCGUUCGCCCCCAGGAGAGACCAGAAGAAGAAGAACAAAAGCAAGGUGGCGAAGGCGGAAAGUGAGGAUGAAGACGAGGAGGAGGAGGGAGGAAACGAGGGCUUCAAGAUGAAGACGGCGGCGCAGAAGAAGGCGGAGAAGAAGGAGCGGGACAAGAAGAAGAAGGAGGAGGAGAGGAUGAAGCAGAAGAAGCUCAAGGAGAAGGAGGUCGGCGUGGACGCUAAGAAAGAGCCAGAGAAGAAGACGACAGAGGCCACGGCCCCUCAGGUAGCACUGCCUGCAGCAGCCGCCGACGCAGAGGAACAGGAAGGGGCGGAGCCAGCAGCCGAGGAGGAGGCCGACGAAGAAGAGGCGUCGAAGAAGAAGAAAGACAAGAAGAAGAAGAAGGGAGAGAAGGAGAAGGAGGAGAAGAAGAAGGGACCCAGCAAGGCCACAGUGAAGGCCAUGCAGGAGGCUCUGGCCAAGAUGAAGGAGGAGGAGGAGCGAUCGAAGAGGGAGGAGGAGGAGCGAAUGAGGAGGCUGGAGGAGCUGGAGACACAGAGGCUGGAGCAGGAGCGUCUGGAGCAGGAGCGUAAGGAGAAGAAGAAGCAGAAGGAGAAGGAGAGAAAGGAGCGACUGAAGAAGGAGGGGAAGCUGCUGACGAAGGCCCAGAGAGACGCUCGAGCUCGGGCCGAGGCCACGCUGAAGCUGCUGCAGGCUCAGGGUGUUGAAGUGCCAUCCAAAGACUCGAUGCCAAAGAAGAAGCCAGUUUAUGGAGACAAGAGGAAGAAGAAGCCGAACGCUCCGACGCCCGAAUCAAUCAAUCAAGAAACAUCGGAGGUCAAAGCGCCGACGCCGGAGACUCCUGAGCUUGGUUCCGUGGAGACGCCGGUCGAGACGCCGGCUGUUCCGGAGCCAGGGGUGAAACCAGACGCCGCCGUCGACCACUGGGAGGCCAUCGUCAGCGACGAGGAGAAAGAGCUGAAGAAAGUCCGCAUCGUGGUGAAGGAGGACCCCGCGGCGCUGCCUCCGGCCGCGGGCAGCGAGGAGGAUGAGGAGGACGAAGACAAUGAGGGGGACGAGGAAGACGAGGAGGAUGAUGACGAAGAGGAAGAGAGCGAGGGUGAGGAGGAGAAGGAUACGCCGCCGGUGCUGAUGUCUCAGGCGAAAAGGAAGGAGAGCGAGGACGAGAGCAGCGAGAGUGACGAUGACGACGGGAGGACGAAGGAGGAGCGGCUGUACGACCGAGCCAAGAGGAGGAUAGAGAAACGUAAGACGGAGAACCUGAGGAACACCGACUUGGAGCGACUGAGAUCUCCGGUGGUGUGUGUGCUCGGACACGUCGACACCGGGAAAACCAAGAUCCUCGACAAGCUGCGACACACUCACGUCCAGGACGGUGAAGCCGGAGGAAUCACUCAGCAGAUCGGAGCCACAAACGUCCCGAAGGAGACUAUCGAGGAGCAAACGAGGAUGGUGAAAAAUUUCAACAAAGAAGGCAUCAAGAUCCCCGGCAUGUUGAUCAUCGACACACCGGGACACGAGUCCUUCAGUAACCUGAGGAACAGAGGCAGCUCCCUGUGCGACAUCGCCAUCCUGGUGGUGGACAUCAUGCACGGCCUGGAGCCGCAGACGCUCGAGUCCAUCAACCUGCUGAAGGAGAAGAAGUGUCCGUUUAUCGUCGCCCUCAACAAGAUCGACCGUCUGUACGACUGGAAGAGGAGUCCGGAGACCGACGUCCACACCACGCUGAAGAAGCAGAAGAAGAACACCAAGGACGAGUUUGACGAGCGAGCCAAGGCCGUCAUCGUGGAGUUUGCUCAGCAGGGUCUCAACGCCGCCUUGUUCUACGAGAAUAAAGACCCCCGGACGUUCGUGUCGAUGGUUCCCACCUCUGCCCACAGCGGCGACGGGAUGGGAAACCUCAUCGCGCUGUUGAUCGAGCUAACACAGACCAUGUUAGCUCGUCGGCUAGCGCACUGUGACGAGCUGCGAGCGCAGGUCAUGGAGGUGAAAGCUCUUCCUGGAAUGGGAACCACGAUCGACGUCAUCCUGAUCAACGGUUGUCUGCGGGAGGGCGAGACCAUCAUCGUCCCGGGGGUGGAAGGACCAAUCGUGACGCAGAUCAGAGGGCUGCUGCUGCCCCCCCCCCUCAAGGAGCUCCGUGUCAAAAACCAGUACGAAAAGCACAAGGAGGUGUCAACGGCUCAGGGGGUGAAGAUUCUGGGUAAAGACCUGGAGAAGACGUUGGCGGGGCUCCCCCUGCUGGUGGCUCACCACGACGACGAGAUCCCUGUGCUGAGGGACGAGCUGGAGCGGGAGCUGAAACAGACCCUGAGCUCCAUCAAGCUGGAGGAGAAAGGAGUUUACGUCCAGGCAUCGACACUCGGCUCUCUGGAGGCUCUGCUGGAGUUCCUCCGCACGUCCAAAGUCCCCUACUCUGGUAUCAACAUCGGUCCAGUUCACAAGAGGGACGUGAUGAAAGCUUCGGCCAUGUUGGAACACGACCAGCAGUACGCGGUGAUCCUGGCCUUUGACGUGAAGGUGGAGAGGGAGAGUCAGGAGAUGGCCGACAGUCUGGGGGUCCGAGUCUUCUGGGCCGAGAUCAUCUACCACCUGUUCGAUGCCUUCACCAAGUACAGAGAGGACUACAAGAAGGCCAAGCAGGACGAGUUCAAGCACAUCGCUGUGUUCCCUGUGAAGCUGAAGGUUCUUCCUCAGUUCAUCUUCAACUCCAGAGAUCCCAUCGUGAUGGGUGUGACCGUGGAGGCCGGCGUACUGCGGCAGGGCACGCCGCUCUGCGUCCCCGCUAAAGGGUUCGUGGACAUCGGCGUGGUGACGAGCAUCGAGAUGAACCACAAGUCGGUGGAAAGCGCCAAGAAGGGUCAAGAGAUCUGCAUUAAGAUCGAGCCCAUUCCAGGAGAGUCCCCCAAGAUGUUCGGACGCCAUUUUGAAGCCACCGACCCCAUCGUCAGCAAGAUCACACGAGCGUCGAUCGACGCUCUGAAGAACUGGUUCAGAGACGAGAUGCAGAAAACGGACUGGCAGCUGAUCGUGGAGCUGAAGAAAACCUUCGAGAUCAUCUGAGGGACACACACACACAUACACACACACACUCCCUCAGACAGUGAGUCGAAGAGCGGAGGACGAAACAACUAAAACAAAAAAAACAACCGAAAAAGUGAAAGUGUUUUUCUAUGAGAAACGAACAGUUUUCCACUGUUGUCAACAGUGAUAGGUUAGACACACACACACACACACACACACACACACACACACACACACACACUCUGAGUAUUCCAACGUGCCUGUCCUUCAGCAACAACGUCGUUAUAUUUCUUCUUCUCUGCUCUGAUUGGUGGUUACUCCUCCGUGUCCACGAGGCUCCGCCCCCUCCACUUCCCCAGACUGAGGCUUACGAGGAGUCUGCGUUCAGCCAACCAGGUGCAUUGUGGGAUUGUACCGAGCAGCAGGAGGGAAAAGAAAAUCUUUUUCUGUUUUUCAACAAACACCAAAUCAUUGACGCAACGGUGUCGAUGUGGAGCACGUUAAAGAGGCGGCGGCGGCGGCGGCACUGCGCAGGGUGUCGGCCAUGUUGUAAUGGGGGGGGUCACAGAAGAUUUUAAACUGUCUUUACUGCGACUGCUGAUGUAAUAAAAUUCCCAUGAUUCUGA